AUGGGGGCAGAGCGGGAGCCGGCGGCAGGAGGGGUGCUCAGCGACCCCCUCGCGCGUCUUGCAAAGACAACGGCGUUCAAACGCCGCCCCGCUGUUCCAGCCAAGACGUUUAUCAAUGCUUUAUCUCAGCGCUAUUUCUUACAAGCCAGCGAUCAGAAGGACCUGCAGGACUGGGUGGAGGCGCUGAACCGGGCCAGUAAGAUCACGGUGCCAAAGGGCGGCAGCGUCCCCCUGGCCACGGAGAUCGCAAAGCCUCCAGUGGUGCCCCAGGCCCAGGAGAGGAAGCCCCAGGUGGCCUACAAAACCGAGAUCAUCGGGGUGGUGGUCCACACGCCCAUCUCCAUCAACCAGAACGGGGGGGACGGAGCGGAGGGCAGCGACGUGGCCGCCCACCCGCUGCUGCGGCGCUCGCAGAGCUACAUCCCCACCUCGGCCGCCAAGCCACCCGCUGGGCCCCCCGUCCUCAAGAGCGGCUACUGCGUGAAGCAGGGGAACGUGAGGAAGAGCUGGAAGCGCCGGUACUUCGUUCUGGAUGAAUUUUCCAUCAGUUACUACAAGUGUGAGCAGGACAAGGAGCCCUUGCGUUCGAUUCUCCUGAAGGACAUCUGCAAGACCCACGAGUGCCUGGUCAAGUCUGGUGACCUCCUGAUGCGGGACAACCUCUUUGAAAUCAUAACAAGCUCCAGGACCUUCUACAUCCAGGCAGACAGCCCCGAGGACAUGCAUAGCUGGAUCCGAGUAAUCACAGGGGCAGUUCAGGCCCUGAAAACCCGCCCGAGGGAGAUGUCCUUCAUGAGAUCCACCUCCAUGGUCAAGCCCGGGGGCUCCUCGGCCCCCUCCCAGCAGAGGCAGGCAGCAGAGGAGAGGAGAGCGCUGUGCAAAGCCCCCUCCACCUCCUCCUGGCAGCCCUGGACGCCGGUGCCGCAGGCGGAGGGGAAGCAGCCGGCACUGGAGGAGGUGCCCGCGCCGCCGAGAGACUCGGUGUUCAUGCCAGCCUUCACGGAGCGCGAUGCCGGAGCCGCGCCGGGCAAGCGCGUGCGGCACAAGUCGGAGCCGCAGCAUCUCAAAGAGAAGCCGUUCGCCUUCGACCUGGACGAUGAAAGCAUCCGGACCUCCGAUGUCUGACCGGGCGCCGAGCCGCCCCCCGGCUCCGCAUGCCACCUCCCCGGCUGCCGGGGGUCCCGGCGGGCCGGUGCGGGGUGCGCAGCCGCGCUGUGCCCGGGACAGCUGGUCUCCAUGCGUCCGCUCAGCACCUCGGACCGAGCUCGCCCCAUCGUCUCGGCGGGGAUGAAGUGGCCCCUUCCCUCCACCGCUGCUCUUCCCUGCCAUACAGGAUCUGGCUGGACCCGCAUCCCAGCGCCCCGCUCUGCCAGGGAGCGGGGACCCUGCCUGCUCCUGCCUGGGCUUUGCCCCGGGUGGCUCCGUGUUUCGGAAGCUGCCUCCGGGCCAGGCAUGGCCUGGAUGAGGGAGCAUCCCCUUCUGCAGCCGCAUAAUUUCCCCCAAAAACCAAGCUUGGAGGAAGCGGCAGGAGGUCUCAGAGGUGUGAAGGGGAGCGUGGCCUUUCUUGUGUUUGGAAAAACAUUUUUCUCCCCUUUCAGGCUGCUCGGCCUUCCCCGGGCCGCUGGGCAGAGCCGGGGAGAUGCCAGCCCGCAGCUGCCUGCACAAGGGACAUGCUGCUACUUCCCGUUUUGAUGACUUUUUCCCUAGGAGACCAGCUCUUUACACUGCCUGACUAGUGGCGUAUCAACAAAUCUGUUAGCUUUUAAUUACAUCUCUUUAUAGCUGUGGCCACUGUUGAACCCCGGCACUGGCAGGCUCCCUGCUCAGCCCCUCCGAAAGGCUUAUCGGUACUUUCUGAGCGUGAGCCUGGGCAGGCAGCCGGUGCGACGGUGGCUCCCGGGGACGGGAGGAUCCUCAGGUACGGUGUCAGUUUUGCACUGCGUACGUCUGGGCACCAGAAAGCCGUGCCCGGGCGGUGAAGUGCUUUUAGCAAAAAGCAACGAAAGCCGAGCGUUUGAUGAAACUGGGAAGACUUGUCCAGCCAACUCGCCUGCUGCCUGCCUUGAAAUGAAAAUGAGCAGACGUUUUUAGAGCAAUGUGAACUCGUCAUUUCCAUAACCAAAUAAGCUCCUGUAGGAGGUGUGAUAAGUAGCAUGUAGAAAAUUCAGGUAUUCCCUAGGGAGCAAGAUCGUCCGAUAUCUUCACCCCGAAAUGUGUGUGUAAUCCUUGGGUGCCCAGCGAGGGCACAGCUCCCCGUCCUUGCUUGCUGUCAGCAGCAGGUUAUGUUGGUGUGACUUUGAGAGCUGCAGCAAGCCCAUCCAGGCGUAGCUGCUGCUUCACCCUUCGCCUGAGGGCCCUUACCCAGACCCAGGGUGGCAGAGUGAGGAGCGUUGGCUGGGGCGGUGUCCGUGCACCACGGAAAGCAGCACGUGUUUGGGUAGGAGAGCUGUAGUCCAGAAUUGCGUUAAGCUGAAACAAGAGCCAGCGAAGGCAUCCCUGGCGUUAAGCUGCUGGGGUCUGCGGGCGUCCCCAGCUGCGGUGCCCGGUGUGUGCGCCGCGGGCAGGAGGCAGCAGCCCGGGCGGCAGCAGCAGUGCCCUGGCUGGGCACUGGAGCUCUGGGCAAGGCUGCAGGAGGGGCCCGGGGCUGCGUGGGGCCCUGCUGACGGGCACGUGGGAUUUUAAAUGCGCUUGCCUUGGCCCAGCUGCACUGCUGUGUCCCGUGUCAGACAUGGGCAUGCUCUUUGCCGCCUCGGAUAUACUCCAGCUGAUAAAUCUGGGUGGUCGGUGUGGGAGUUGCAUUGCAAGCUUAGCAGUGCAUGGGGUGGUCUGGAGUUAACAAGGCUUCCCUCUGUUGUGGACUAGUUACCUGUUCUUUUCUUUUUUUUUUUCUUUCUUUUUUUUGGCAUUACAUGUUCUGUGCUUUGCAAAAUCAGCUCAACGUGCUCCCCAGGAGCAAAAAACCUCUGGUUUGUCCCUGCCCUUUCUAGGUCUCCAGCUGUUUGACAGCUGUGCUUCAGCUAGCUCAGGCUCAGCCUGGGAUCGAGCGGAGCUUUAUCAGUUGAGCUCCAAGGCGUUGAUUAGCCCAAUGGAUCUUAACAAGAUUAAAAUCGCGUCUUCCUGCAUCGAUCGCCUCCCGUGUCGGAGGGGCUGCUCCUCCAGCCCGGGGCAGGCGCAGCUGAAGGUGCCUUGGUGCAGCCUGGGCGAGGCGGUGCCAGGGCCCCCCAGAUUCGGGGCUAAGAGUGGCUCAAAGGGCGUUGUGCGGAGAUGCUGGAGAACACUGAAACUAUGAAAGCAAGUGGGAAUCGAUGCAAACGGUACAGGGCGAGUGUUAAUAUUUGUUAUUUAACUGUAGAAACCUAGAUCAUGCUGUUCCUUUUUCUUCUUUUUGCUUUAUUUGCACUAGUGUUUGAAAUUUUUUAUUUUUUUUUUAGGCUGACUUGCUGUUUGGCUCAUAACAUGGUGUUUCAAAAAUGUUUUAAUAGUUUGGUAAGCCUAUCAAUCAUAGAGUCACAGCAUUUGGUGAUAGUGCUCUGACCUCAUUUCUGGAAAACAUCAAAUGCAGAGCGACGAUGGUUACUUUGUGCAAGGCUUCAAAACCAUGGAGUACCAAGGGUUUUUUUGUUGCUUGAUAAUUGCAAAGUUUCCUCGGGCCUGGGAUGGUAAAGCAGAAGCUUGUUGCACAAUUAGGGUUAAUUAUCCAGGAGGAGAAACUACCAGUGGCUCCAGCGCUAUUGCAACAUUCCUGUUUCUCAUUCCCACCCUCCCCGCAUCCCCAGGACAGCAUAAAGGCUGAAUGUGAGACUGAAACAAGUGGGUUCAAAGUCAAGCCGGGCUCCAGACCCAUCCAUAAUGCAGGGGGUGUUGCAGGGAGGAAUUUCUCUCCCAUCCCGAAGGACCAGGCAGAUGCAGCCAGACCUCGAUGGAGCUUUGCAGUGAUUUUUUUUAAAGCAGACUGGUAUCCCCUCGUCUCUGCCUUUGCCUCCCAGCUCUCCCAUGUGGCAAUGAACGCAUCCCCCAUAGCCGCUCCCUUUCGAGAAUGAAGCGUGUGCUGUGAGUUUCCCUGCUUUUCUAGGGAUGCGUGCAGGUUCGAGGUAUCUUGUACGGAAAGAGUGGUGUGAGAGAUGGGUUUGCUCUUUUCUAUGGAAACUCCCAAGCGGUUUCAGCCGUUUCUGCGAGUGCUGGCUGUGGAUUUCAAGUGCUCUUAGGGCCGGGUUGCCUCGCGCGGGCGAUGCUCUGUGACUCCCGUGGUGUCGGUUACCCGCCUCCCACCCCUCGCCUGUAAAUGCUGGCUGCAGGAGAUGGAAUGCCCUCUUUUCCCUGUGUUUUUAAAUAAAGAAGGAAAUCCCAGUUGCUUUUCCA